CUUCAAUCUAAAACUCCCACCUCACAUUUCUUCCUUUAUCAUCCAUUUUUCUUCCCUCACAAAAAUAAAACUUCAGUUGAAGUCACAAAAAAUAAACUACUCUACUUGAGAGAGUAGAAGAACAACAAAAGAAUAAACAAAAAUGGCGGCAGAAUCAGUGAGAAUUACAGGAAGUAGUAUUGAACCAAUUUGUAAUAUAAAUGGGUCACAAAAGAAGUUAUUUUCUCUCUCCUCCUCCGCCAACUUCCACCGUCGUCGCCGUAUUAAUGUCUCUUCUUCUAUAUCUGAAUUUUUUGGAGGUGUUCGAAUUAGUAGGUGUAAUUACAGAAAUGCCCCUGCUUUGCAUAAUCAGAGGAAGAACUUGUCUGUUUUUGCCAUGGCUGCUGAUGAUGGUAAACGGGAAGUGCCACUGAAAGAUUAUCGUAAUAUUGGCAUUAUGGCUCACAUUGAUGCUGGGAAAACUACCACAACUGAGAGGGUCCUGUUCUACACAGGCCGAAACUACAAGAUCGGUGAGGUACACGAGGGAACAGCUACUAUGGAUUGGAUGGAGCAAGAACAAGAAAGAGGGAUCACGAUCACCUCUGCAGCAACUACUACCUACUGGAACAAGCAUCGCAUUAAUAUUAUUGAUACUCCUGGCCACGUUGACUUCACAUUGGAGGUAGAAAGAGCUCUUAGAGUGUUGGAUGGUGCUAUAUGUUUGUUUGACAGUGUUGCUGGGGUGGAACCACAAUCUGAAACCGUGUGGAGGCAAGCGGAUAAAUAUGGAGUGCCCCGUAUUUGUUUUGUUAAUAAGAUGGAUCGCCUUGGUGCAAACUUCUUCAGAACAAGAGAUAUGAUAGUCACUAAUUUGGGCGCAAAGCCUCUUGUGCUUCAGUUGCCUAUUGGUGCUGAAGACAGUUUCAAGGGAGUCAUUGAUCUUGUGAAGAUGAAGGCUAUUGUCUGGUCAGGAGAGGAGUUGGGUGCAAAAUUCAAUUAUGAGGAUAUUCCUGAGGAUCUUCAGGAAUUGGCUGCAGAUUAUCGGGCACAAAUGAUAGAAACAAUAGUAGAAAUUGAUGAUGAGGCUAUGGAGAACUACUUGGAAGGGAAUGAGCCCGAUGAGGCGACAAUCAAGAAACUUAUUAGGAAAGGAACCAUCUCAGCUAGUUUUGUUCCAGUUAUGUGUGGUUCAGCCUUUAAAAAUAAGGGUGUUCAGCCUUUGCUUGAUGCAGUAGUUGAUUACCUACCGUCACCUCUUGAUGUACCCCCAAUGAAGGGUUCUGACCCUGAAAACCCUGAAUUGGUACUUGAGAGGGAGGCAAGUGAUGACGCACCAUUUUCAGGCUUGGCUUUUAAGAUCAUGAGUGACCCAUUUGUGGGAUCUCUUACUUUUGUGAGAGUCUAUUCCGGUAAACUAGCGGCAGGAUCUUAUGUUUUGAAUGCAAACAAGGGAAAGAAAGAAAGAAUUGGUAGGCUUCUGGAAAUGCAUGCCAACAGCAGAGAGGAUGUUAAGGUGGCAUUAACAGGUGAUAUUGUUGCUCUUGCUGGACUAAAAGACACCAUCACAGGUGAAACACUGUCUGACCCAGAAAAGCCUGUUGUGCUCGAGCGUAUGGAUUUCCCUGAUCCUGUCAUUAAGGUGGCUAUUGAACCCAAGACCAAAGCUGAUAUUGACAAAAUGGCAACUGGUCUUAUCAAGCUUGCUCAAGAAGAUCCAUCUUUCCACUUUUCACGUGAUGAAGAAAUCAACCAAACAAUCAUUGAAGGAAUGGGAGAAUUGCAUCUUGAGAUCAUUGUAGAUCGGCUCAAAAGAGAGUUUAAGGUUGAGGCAAAUGUUGGUGCACCGCAAGUUAACUACCGUGAAAGUAUCUCAAAGGUCUCAGAAAUCAAGUAUGUUCACAAGAAACAAUCAGGUGGACAAGGACAGUUUGCUGAUAUCACAAUACGGUUUGAACCUUUGGAGGCCGGAAGUGGAUAUGAGUUUGUCAGUGAAAUUAAGGGAGGUGCUGUGCCGAAGGAAUAUAUCCCAGGAGUAGUAAAGGGUUUGGAAGAGUGUAUGAGCAACGGUGUGCUUGCAGGAUUUCCUGUGGUUGAUGUGCGGGCGGCAUUGGUUGAUGGUUCAUACCACGAUGUUGACUCAAGUGUCUUAGCUUUCCAGCUGGCAGCCAGAGGAGCUUUUCGAGAGGGGAUGAGAAAGGCAGGCCCAAGGAUGUUGGAACCAAUAAUGAAGGUAGAAGUAGUUACACCUGAAGAACACUUAGGAGAUGUGAUUGGUGAUCUGAACUCCAGGAGAGGGCAAAUUAACAGCUUCGGUGAUAAGCCUGGUGGUCUCAAGGUAGUGGAUGCCCUUGUUCCUCUGGCUGAGAUGUUUCAGUACGUGAGUACAUUGCGAGGCAUGACAAAAGGCCGUGCAUCCUACACGAUGCAGCUAGCCAAAUUUGAUGUCGUUCCUCAACAUAUUCAGAACCAACUUGCUUCGAAGGAAGAACUGGUUUCUGCUUAAUUCACUAUCCCUUCUGCAAGGUCCUAGUGACUGACGAGAUUUUGCUGAAAUUUUGUAUUUUCAUCAUUGGUUUCUAUAUUCAAGGAUGAAGAGUUCUUGUGUUUGGCCUUAGCUUUUGUAUAGUUAGUAAAUCAUUUGAGGAAAAAUUUCCUGAAUUAAUGUAACAACAAAUUCUGUCAUAUAAUUUGUGAAAGUUCAAGUAAAUUAAUGCAAGAAUUAUAGACCUUGAAACAGCAAAGAAUUGGAAUUGAAUGCAUUUCUUCUUAUUAGUA